UUCUCUAACUGGCUCAGCUAGUCAGUCUAUGCCAACGCCUGUACCUGCUCACUCCAGGAGACAGCUGUCAAACAGGUAGCCUUCCUCAGGGUCGCUCCUGCUGUUCAGUCCUUCAUCCAGCCUGAGCUUCGUGUAGCUCCCUGGGCCAAAAUCAGGUGUUAUUCAGCUUUUUUUUUGGAUGUGUAUUUUCUAAGACCAAGGCUUUCCUUAUAGACGAACUUUGGAUACAGAGAACUGCCGGUCAUGUCUACAGGGGACAGACAGUCUGUUUUGCGUACGACGAAAGUCCGCAACACGCUGAAGGGUGACAACAGCUGGAUCCAACGCCGCAAAGAUCCUGAAGAAGAGGAGGAGGAGAAGCCAUGGGUCGUAGAGGUGCGCGCAGGUCGCCUCAAUGGUGCAUUCAGCGACACCCCACCAGAAACCACCCCUACCCAACCAGAGCCUCAGCCUAAGCCCAGCACAGACAGCCCUAAGGCACCAGCGUCUGGAUACCUGAUCAGAGGCGUUUUCACAAAGACGGACACCAAACCAACUUCACCGAGAUCUACCAACGGCUUUGCUGGGACACCUGGCUUCAACAAAAAGCCCUCUGAGGGAUACAAGAAAAUUGCUCCUCACACUGUUCGCCCAAGCUUGGAGAGCACAGCUGGAGAGACAGACCCAGCUAUCAGCAAAGAGGAACAGGAAAGAAGGACUGAGCUGGCCAACAACGCCCUGAAGAGCUCAGCAGCCAGACAGCGGUCAUACGUUCUUUCAGCUGCAAAGAAAUAUGAGUCUCCACCAGAGAAACUGGACAGCUCUGACCCGCCAGUCAUAUCUUUUGUUGCCAAAAGGGUUGUCAUCAGUGAUGAUGAUGAAGACAGUGACCCAGCAGUCAAACCCCCAGCAGCCCCGGCUUCUCCAGCUCCAGCUCAGCCUGCACCUAAACAGAGUGCGGAGAUGACCGUGGAUGGCCCGGCACUUCCAGCUGCUCCAGUCAGAAAGAAAGUGCCAUCUGCAACACCUGAACCAACACCUAGGACCAAAGCAGAGCCUGCUCCAAAACAAAGCAGUAAUGCCCUUGAUGCCCUCUCUGAUACUCUGAUGUCUUCCACCCCAGCACCCAGUGUCUCGAAGCCGGUUGCUGAAGUCACUCCACCUGCUCCAGAGGCAAAAAAAGCCCCAUCGACAGCCCCUGAACCCAAACCCAAAACGGAGCCCACUCCUAAACCAAGUGCCACUGAGCCAGUCACUCCAGCUGUCCCUGUCGCAAAGGAAGCCCCAUCCACAGCACCUGAACCUAAACCCAAAGCAGAGCCCACUCUUAAACCCAGUGUCACAGAGCCAGUCGCUCCACAGAAAGUUCCAGCAACAACACCAGAGCCACAGCCCAAAGCAGAGCCCACUCCAAAACCAAGUGCUGCUGCCCCAACUACUCCAGCUGCUCCAGUUACACAGAAAGCCCCACCUGCAGCACCAGAACUCAAACAGGAACCCGUGCCUAAAAUAAGUGUCACUGAACCAGUCCCAGCACAGAAAGCCCCAUCCGCAGCACCAACACCCAAACAGGAACCAACUCCUAAACAAAGUGUUACUGAGCCAAGUGCUCAAGUCACUCCAGUUGCUCCAGUGGCUGCAGAAAAGAAAGCCCCCACUGCAUCACCUGAAGCCAAAAAAGAGCCCACUCCGAAACCAAGUGUCCCAGCUGCUCCAGUUGAACAGAAAGCCCUGUCCACAACACCAACACCUAAAGCAGAGCCCACUCCUAAACCGAGUGUCACUGAGCCGGUUCCAGCUGCUCCAGUUGCACAGAAAGCCCCAUCCACAACACCAGAACCCAAACCCAAAACAGAGCCCACUCUGAAAUCAAGUGUCACAGAGCCGGUUCCAGCCCCGUCCACAACACCAGAACCCAAACCCAAAACAGAGCCCGCUCCUAAACCAAGUGUCACUGAGCCGGUUCCAGCUGCUCCAGUUGCACAGAAAGCCCCAUCCACAACACCAGAACCCAAACCCAAAACAGGGCCCACUCUGAAAACAAGUGUCGCUGAGCCAGUUCCAGCUGCUCCAGCCCCACCCACAACACCAGAACCCAAACCCAAAACAGAGCCAACACCUAAAGCAAGUCUUACUGAGCCAGUUCCAGCUGCUCCAGCUCCACAGAAAGCCCCAUCCAUUACACCAGAACCCAAAACAGAACCCCCUCCUAAAGCAAGUGUCACUGCUCCAGCUGCUCCAGCUGCUCCAGCUGCUCCUGCUGCACAGAAAGCCCCGCCCACAACACCAGAACCCAAACCCAAAACAGAGCCCACUCCUAAAGCAAGGGUUGACCCUAAGCCGGUCGAGAAGACCAGCGGCUUGAACGAUGAUGAUCUGCUGGGGCUGACUCAGAGUGCACCUCAGAAGCCAGUGAACCCCGUCCCCACCACCACAGACCUGCUGUCAGGAGCUGACAGCUCUCUGCCCAAGACUGAGAAGACCAAGAAAUCUCUGGACCUGCUUGCGGACGAUGUCAUCCCCUUUGAUACCAAUCCUGACAAACAAAGCACUGAUAAAACAACUACGAAGAUUGAGACAACACAAACUAUUGUGCAGUCGAAGGACCCAAAGAGUUCAACAGAAAUGGUCACCACCACAACCACCAAAACUGAGACCAUCACACAGAACAGCUCUCUGCCCCAAUCACAGAAGACUCAGGAGUCUUUGGACCUUCUUGCGUUUGAUGUCAUCCCCUUUGACACUAAAAAGGACAAACUGGACGCUGACAAAACAAAGAGCAAAGUUGAGACGACCAAAACUGUGACGUGGCCGAAGGAGGAAUUACUGAGCUCUGCUGAUCCAUUUGAUCCUAUUCCGAUAGUGAGCGAGUGCACAAAGAGCCCUGUGGAGCUGUUCGAUCCUCUACUGUCGGACAGUUCCAGUGAGAAUCUGCCUGCUGAUGCCCUGAGCUCCUUGGCUAAAGAUGUCAUUCCAAUCGACACAGACUUCACAAGCCUCAGCAGUGACACUUCAAAGGAGCCUUCUGACAGCAGUGUACCCAGCGCAAACCAGAGGUCAUCUGACAAUGUCUCCCCAUGGGACAGAUGGACAUCUCCUAUUCUAAACACCACAACGGAGAACAGGGACGCUGACCUGCAACCAAUGGAUACAAGUUACACACCUUACACCAGAAGGGUGGACAGGAGUGCCCUGGAGCCAAAGUCACUGGACAGUGACCUUAAGAAGGGCAUCGUUUAUGUCAAAGAGUACGUAAACACGCCUGGGCUGCCCACAUACAACAGCAGCGACUUGGAUUAUGUGACCUCGGCCAGCUCCAACUAUGCAUACAGCAGCCCCUCCAGCACAAACAUGACCGCCUGCACAUACUGUGGUGGCCCCGUAGGGAAUGACGCCAAGAUCACCAUCGAACACCUCAACAUCUCGUGCCAUCCUGAAUGCUUCAAGUGCGGCAUCUGCAGUAAACCAAUGGGUGAUUUUCUCCACAGCAUGUUUUUGCACCGCGGGACAGUCCAUUGUGAAAGCUGCUAUGCUAACGUACUUUAGUCUUCCUUCGUCACCACUGUGCUGAAUGUUAGUUACCAAUGUAGACAUCUCGAGACAUUUUUAAGUCCUGGGAGUUUGUCCUUUCUGAUUAUUUAGAAAUGAAAUAUGUUCUCUAUAUGAAUUCUUCCUCGUUCCUUCAACAACUUGUUACUAUUCCUGUUGUUUAACAUGAUUCUGAUGCAUUAAAUGUGUUUGGUGGUAAAAAUGGAAUCAUUUAGUUUCAGGGUUUUUACUGUUUUCUAGCAUCUUAAAGAUGAAAAAUUAAGAAAUUUGAAGUAUCAAGAAUGAAAUAUCAUUUUUUUUGCUGUUGUUUUAAUCCUUUGAAGCCGAAUAUUUUUCUAAAACUGUGAAUACAUUUACUUGAAAAUAUCUAUUGUAUUUCUUUCAUAUAGUUUAACAGAAUAUCAGCCAAACGGCAAAUAAAAGUUUGUGUAUAUCCUC